UCGGGAUUACAAACUUGCUCCGUCCGUUGUCAAGAAGGGUUCGUAUCGAUCCCCGGAUUUGACGAGUUCCAGGAAUUGACAUGUGGACUGCAGACUGGUCUGUAUUGGUUACCGGCAAAUUUAACUGCGCCGUGUGCUGAACGAACUUAUCCUAGAAGCCUUCAGCUUGAAUCAACUAUUGGAUAUGUUGACCAGAUACCUGUUCAGCAUUAUGACACGGUGAAAAACUAUGUUUUUGGCAAAUUAUUGCCAACGGACUGUUUUAAAUCUACAAGCUGCAUAGUGGAAAUAUCAUUGUUAGAAGUUCCUCAGUCGGAAACUACGGAUGAAGUAUCAGACAGAACAACGCUCAAGCUGUUUAUGGAAAGAUCUGUUACAUCUGAUGGAAAUGUUCAUAAACAGGAAGAGGAAAAUAAUAAAACAGAGAAUGCAAUUAGAGAUAUGGAAAGCACAGCUGCUUACCUAAAGAACAAAACCACUGACAUCUUUGAUGUCUAUUUGAACGACCCUGUCCAAAAAACUGUAAAGAGAAGCACUGGUUUAUUUCACGCUGAUGAAGAGUCGCUUGAAAUAAAAGGGAAAGUCGUUUGUGCAACAGGCGAUAUAGCAACGGGUGGCAUUUGUAUCAGAUGUCCCGCUGGAACGUAUGUGGUUAAUGAAAGCUGUCAUUUUUGCAUCAAAGGAACAUUUCAGCCCGAGGCCGGACAGUUCACAUGCAUUCUCUGUCCACCAGGUCUUACUACAAGAACCGUUGGAGCAUAUAGUAGAUUCUAUUGCGAGGAAGAGGUCACUGUAUUACAAGUUAACGUAAACUCUGAGGACAGUACCCUUGCAGGUAAUUCGUGGAUUUUAUUACUCUCAUUAUGA